AUGGAACAAUGUGCAAAUGUAGUUGUCGUAUUUGAUGGUGUUUCAAAACCAAAUGAACGUCGACGAUCUGAUCCUGAACGAGCUAGUAGUGUGAAAUUCGAUGAUGAUGAUUGUAGUCUACCAUCUCUUCUCCGUGACGAACUCUUGCUUAUUCUACAUAACUUACAAAUCGAAGUGUACGUAUCUCCAGGCGAAGCCGAUCCUAUGAUUGUUCAAAUGGCUCGCAAACAUGAUGCUUAUAUCGUUGCUCGUGACUCAGACUAUUACCUCUACGAAAUUCAAAAAGGAUAUGUUCCACUUCCUGAUUUGACAUUAUUAACACUCAAAGGACAAUACUAUUGCAUGAUGGACGUCUUUCCAGGUAUGACACAACAAAGUGUGGCACUUUGGGCAACAGCUAUUGCUUUUGAUUUUAUUUGUCUUGAUGUUCUACAAGUACUAUUUCAUUUUCAUAAUUAUAUCAAGUUAGUGAUGUUUUACUGCAAAUUCUAG